AUAAACAGCGCCCGCCAUUUUGGCCUGUGUGCACUCCCUGGGAGCGUGCGGCACCGCGAUCCAUUGCCCGCUGUAUCCUCCAAACACAGAUCGCUGUACGGGACCUCUGUACGAGGUCCCGAUCAUGUGAUCACUGAUUGGUCAAUCAGUGAUCACAUGAAUAGUAGUAAGCAAGAUGUCACUUCUGACAUCAUUGCUUUCUACGUGUGAAAUCUGUGAAUGAUCACAGAGAUCACAUGGUACAGGGCUAUUCACAACAGCCUUGUACCAUGUGACAAGCUAUGACCAAUCACAGCUCUCACAGUAUUUCUCAAUGGCUGCAAGAAUGCAGACAGAGAGAAAGAGAAAUGAUUGCUUUUACAGCCUUUAUGGGUGUAAAAGCAAUCAGUGUAGAAAGA